CGACGCCCGGACUGUUCAGACACGUCCCUGGCAAGCCCUCGACAACACCGUAUCCCCCCGACCGACGGAGCCUCGCUCAGGCUAUCCCAUUCCCUCUCAUCAGUGUGUCGGUCUGCAAGGCAACAUGGCUAGUAGCUCAAAGAAACGGAGAAGCUCAAAGUCGCCCAGUCGUGAUGCUGCUUCGAAACGAGUGCGGCCAACCUCGACCACUGCAUCAACUCAUUCACACCAGACUGGAAGUGAGCCGAAACUCGCACGCGCUAAAUCCGUCUUUCGUGGUGAUCAAGACCCAUACUUCCCUAACAAGCACGAACGCGCUACAUCGUUGCCCACUGGGGAUGAUUGGGCCUUUCGAGUCAAGGUCAUCUCGUCCUCAACCGACCUCAACGAUGAUGUCUUUAAGAAAGCCGUCCAAGGCUUAGUCAAGAUCUGUUUUCCGCAAGGCGUCCUUGAGGAACUGGGUAUCGAUGUCGUCUACCAGCACAUGCAGGAGGAAAAUGCGUCGGAGGAGAACAUCGCGAGGAUGAAGGAUAUCUUCCGAUCGGAAAUGAUGCACCGCAUCACCUGGAUGCUCGCCGAAUAUAUGGAUUCGCCCGCACGGGUUGAGGCAGGCGUACAAUCCAUGAUUGCAGCGAGUGCCAAACUGCAUGGUGACAAGCUGGGAAACGAUGUGCUAGGCGAUAUUAUAACCAGCCUGCACCGUCUCAGGGAACACGUCCCGGAUGACUCUACCGGGCGAUUGGCAAACAUUGACGUGCUUCAGGCCGUACCCAGCGGCGAUGAAACCGACAAUAUGAACAAUAUCCAGAAUAGUUCGGAUGAGGCAUCUGAGGAGCAUGUGCCUGUUCCGAAGAAGAAGAAUAAAAAGCGCGACAAGAACAAGUCGCGCAAAGUACCUCGGAAGCCUCCAAGUGAAGAAAACGAAUUGGAUAUGAAUAUAGAUGAGCCAACUUCUCGAGCGGAACAUGUCUCACAACCUUCGACUCAAUCGCUGCAUGAAAACAGGGACAACAAGAUAUCGUCGAAAUGGUUCUGGGACGUCAACCCAAAUGGUCUUGCCGCUAAAGAUGUCUCUGAACACUUUAAGAAGACUAGUGAUCUUUUCGCGUUUCAUGCACUACCUAUCGCAAAGAAGAAGGUUGGGCCGAAUGCUAAGAGAAAGGCAAUCAGGUAUGAGAUGGAGUCAAUGCUUGCAGACAUGCAGGAUACCGAAUAUGAUAAGUGGGUUGAGAGCCACCAGAAGCUCCUAGACGGCGAUAGAGAGAUGCUCGUCCGCCCGGAACCAGAUGCUACGUUCAACAAUCGAGGGAGAAGCGCAGCGACGCCUGCACCCAUUGAUGCUCGUCGGCGCGUGGAGAAUAAUAUACAAGCUAUGGGAAGCAAUUCGAGUCAGGGCGCUGGAUAUGAAGAUAGAGUCAGCAUGCUGCCUCAGCAUAGUACUCUUAUCAAGCGUGAAAUCAAUGCUGAUCUGAGCGCGCCAGCAGGAAAUCAUCAAGCAAAAGCACAAACAGACGAAGUCGCGGCGGCCACAACCGCCUUUCGGCACUUAUCCACCGAAGAGCGCAAUUUUCGACCGCCGGUGACGAGUAUCGAGACUACUGGUAGAGACGAUGGUGAAGAUCUACAGGUACCGCGAAUGGAGUCCCCAACUCCUAUAGUAGAUCUUUUAUACGGCGAUGCACAAAUUGAGCGCAAUGAUAGACUCGGCGCAGUGCAGCUACUCAUGGCGAGGCUGUGCCAGCGAGUGAUUGUUGACUCAAUCACCAUAGCACAAUACGAUGGUACCUUCAAGCUGAUGACGAGUUCAUCCCUUCAGAAAGAACUUACAACAUGUUUUGUAUCUUCUAGAGGCGGAUAUAGUCCUCAAAGGUUGAGGAUAAAGCUUGAAGAGAACCUGAUUCCAUGGAUCUGCACCAAUGCUCAACUCUUCCCUGAGCUCAGGCACCAAGCAUUUUUCUUCACCCAUAUUAAACCAACCGAUCUUGUGGUGAUCAAUAAAUUCUGUGACAGAAGUCUUGCAUUAGACAAAGAAUCCCGGCCGAUCUUCAAAGCUUCUGUGACCAUGAUCCUGCAUAAAAAGGGCUUAUCUCCGAGUAUUAAGUGUGGACGGAAGAAUCAGCCUUUCCAAGACUACCUUCAUGGCAUUGUUCCCAAUAAUGAACCCGACAAGCUCAAGCGCCAUAGGAUGGAUAAAGUCCUCCGCCAUCUUGUGUUCGUGCACUGGGAUAAAUUUCCCGAGUUCAGGGACACGAGGUUGGUUAAAGAAUGGGAGCACUUGACGGGACUGAAGUGGUGAGGGUGAUCGCGAGAUGGAGCUUUCCACUGUCACCAUGUCUAAACCGAAUGCUAUUCUAGGAUGAAGCGAUGUUAUGUAAGAGAAA